AUUACAUUCAGCCCAUCUGCCUCCCGCCCGCCGGCUUUGACAUCACCGCCUUCCUUGGCGGCCGGGAGGUGACCGUGGCAGGCUGGGGCACCACCGAGAGGGGCCCGGACACGCAGGUGCUGCAGAAGGUACAGAUUCCCUUCGUCGACAAAGCGGAGUGUAACCCCCACUACGACAAUACCCUUGUGGACGAACAGAUCUGCUUCGGUGGUUCAGGGCGACGAGAUGCCUGUUUCGGAGACUCCGGAGGCCCGGUCUUCAUCAAUGAAAUCGCGACAGGAAGGUUUUCAUUGUUGGCGGUAGUGUCAUUCGGGCAGCCUUCUUGCGGAGUGCCAGGAGUGCCUGCUGUCUAUACUGAUGUGGCAUCGUACAGGACCUGGGUUAUAAACAACUUACGACCUUAAGGAAUCUGAGAACAAGUGUGCUUUUCAGGGAGGCCUCACGUUCAUCAUUGGUGACUUACGCAUACAUUUUUUAUUAAUUCCUUCAAUGCAAUAAAGAAAUAUCACAGAAAAUACUUGUGUGACCUACUACCUGCGACAGAAAUUUAUUCUUUAU